GCUAGUUCUUCCACUCUCACACAAAACAUCCUCUUGUCUCUGCAGGACGCCCCUGAGUGUGAGAGAGACAGUGUGUCCAACGCUCUGUGCUAGAGCUGUAAUUAAUUUCAUGAAGAACAAGCCUCAUUAAAUUUCUCGUCUUCAUCUCACCGGAAAGAAAACAUGACAGACACAAAUACCAACAUGCGGCUGAAACUGCCGAUCACCUGCUUCAUCCUGGAGAUCAUCCUCAUCAUCCUCUUUGGGGUGCUGGUGGAGUAUGACAAAGAGACAGAUGCAAAGAAGUGGCACCAUUCGAACCACAGUGAAUAUGACAACGAUUUCUACUACCGCUACCCAAGUUUCCAGGAUGUACACGUAAUGAUCUUCAUUGGUUUCGGUUUCCUCAUGACUUUCCUCCAGCGUUAUGGCUUCAGCAGUGUUGGUUUCAAUUUCCUGAUUGCAGCUUUAGCCUUACAGUGGGCCACACUUAUGCAGGGUUUCUUCCAUGGUAUGCAUGGAGGCAAAAUCCACGUUGGAGUGGAGAGUAUGAUCAACGCUGAUUUCUGCACCGGCUCUGUGCUGAUCUCAUUUGGAGCUGUUCUGGGUAAAACAAGUCCUGUCCAGUUGCUUGUUAUGGCUGUGUUUGAGGUCACACUGUUUGCAGUCAAUGAGUUCAUCCUGCUGAGCCUUCUUGGAACCAGAGAUGCUGGUGGCUCGAUGACCAUUCACACAUUUGGAGCCUACUUUGGCCUGAUGGUGGCUCGAGUCUUGUACCGACCCAGGCUGGACAAGAGCAAACACAAGAACAGCUCAGUCUACCACUCUGAUAUGUUUGCUAUGAUCGGUACUCUCUACCUGUGGAUGUUCUGGCCCAGCUUCAACUCUGCCAUCACAGCUCACGGAGACGAUCAGCAUCGUACAGCAUUGAACACCUACUACUCCCUGGCAGCCUGCACUCUGUCUACUUAUGCCAUGUCUGCCCUCACAGCUCAUGAUGGCAAACUGGACAUGGUCCACAUUCAAAACGCUGCACUGGCCGGUGGAGUGGCAGCAGGAACAGCUGGAGAAAUGAUGCUGACUCCUUUUGGCUCCAUGAUUGUUGGUUUCUUGGCUGGUAUCAUCUCUGUUCUGGGCUACAAGUACCUCUCACCCAUCCUGGAGAGCAAGCUGAAGAUCCAAGACACCUGUGGGGUUCACAACCUACAUGGUAUGCCCGGUGUUAUGGGAGCUAUUGUGGGAGCGGUCACUGCUUCUCUGGCUACCAAGGAGAUUUAUGGCGACGGUUUGAAAGACGUGUUCCCUAUGGUGGCACCUGAUGGGAGAAGCGCAUCUUCCCAAGGCGGGAUUCAGGCCAUCUCCCUUGCUGUCACUUUAGGCAUGGCCCUGGUGGGAGGGCUUCUUGUUGGUUUCAUUAUGAAGUUGCCCAUCUAUGGAGCUCCUUCUGACGCCUCGUGUUUUGAGGACAGCAUCUACUGGGAAGUACCAGGGGACGAGGAAGGUCAUGAGGGCCAGUUGAGCACUGUGAAGACAGAAGAGUUCGCAAAGCCAGAGGAGACUGAGAAGCUCAACUAGACACAAAAAGACACAGAAAGACAGAACCAGGCACACACACUGUGAGAUUAUAGCAACCUAGACCCUUCUAAGAAAAUAUGUAAAGCUACCUAUAUUGUACUAAUGUUAAUGUAAAUUUGUCAAAAUGUGCUGUUUUAGAAGGCUUUACAUUUUUAUUCACAUCUUUGCUUUUCAAAAAAUCCCCAAAAAACUAAAACUAAAAAGAACACAAGUGUCCAUUUAAUAUGUUCUAGACAGUUUCAACCACUAGAUGUCGAUCUAGAGCUCCAUCACUGUGUGCUACUGGCCUGCGGAAAGGCUGCAUUUCCAAAUGAGGUGUCCAUUUGAUGAAAGGUGCUUUGUAAUCGUUUCCUAAAGCAAAGUAUUGUUACAAAAUACAAGUUUUACAGACAAUCCAAACCAAAGACAGACAUCUAAUAAAAAAUACCUUCAGAACAUUACAUAUUACCACUAUUAUUCUUCAACAAUAUGUUGUUUUUUAUAGUUAUGUACAUCUAUUUGGUUAGUAUGACACACAUUUUAACAUUUACGAGACUGACCUAAGGAAGGUUACAUCUGAAGUUAAAUAAUUUUGAAAGGCAAUAUCGUAAUAUUUUUGGCAAAAUAAAUAUUUCAAAUGUG